AUGUCUGCCUGUUGCAAUCGAGCCCAGGCCUCGUAGACAGCGCAUAGCGCGUUUUGGGUUUCGCCGAGGCGGUUCCGCACUGCGGUCUAACGACAGUACCGCCCUGCUGGCAGCGCUGCGCUCAGCAAGGGGCGCAAGAUCCUCAAAACUGCUCGUGCAACAGGAGGCAAAAAAAUGGAGGCCGCGGCUCAAGCGCGCGCCAACACGACGCCCGAACUCCUCGCGCGGCAGCGCCGCGCCCUCAAGCCCACGACCGGCGCGCAAGACACAACGAACGCCGUCGUCGUGACCGAGGCGUCGCUCCGGGCGUUCUACGAGCAGCACAACCCGGCGAACGCGGCGCCGGACCGCCUCAAAACCGUGCUGCAGCAUUAUGACGGCCGCCACGACGCGCUGCUCCGCGACCUGAGCAAGCGCUACGGCGCGGCCGCGUCGGCGGCGCUCUGUGCGGUAGGACAGCGGCUCUACGCCGACGACAAGGAGAACGCGCCGCCGCCGCGCCGGCCGAAGCAGCUCUCCCACGACGUCGACAAGGAAAACGUGCCCCCGCCGAGCAAGUCGCCCGCCAAGGCGGCGCGCCGGCGCCACACCAUCACGAGCCCCUACCGGCCGCGCGCCGCGCCGGCGCCGCUCCGGGCGCCCCAGCGCCGCUCCGUCGAUACGUGCGUGCCGCCGGAGGUCGAGGUGCCGAAGACCGUGAAGCCGAAGGCCUCGUCGCCGCCGCUGACGACGCCGUCCGUGCGGCACGUGCCCGAGGUGUCGCCGCCCAAGGUCUGGCCGCCGUCCAUCAACCUCGCCGACCGCCUCGCGCAAGCCGUCAAGGCGCGCUUCUUCUGUGACGCUGCUGCUGCAGCGACCGUCGAGACCGUCAGCGUUGCUACUUCUCCGAUCACGGUGCCGGGCGCCGCCACGUUCGUGCCUGUGUGGAAUCAAUGCAGUUAUGGGGUCGCGUCGAUGGCGUGGGGGCGUCCAAAAUUUGAUUUCCACACAGGUUUGUUCCGCCGCGCCGCCGCCGCCUCGGCGUCGUCGCGGCCGCCGUUGCGGUCGCCUUCGUUGCUUGCGCCGCCCUGGGCCGGGCGCCGCCCGCCAUCAAGCCCGCCAAGGCGGCUCGGCCGCGCCGCAUCGCGUGGCCGGAGCGCGUCGCGCCCGGCGCAUGCGUCCACCUCACGCUAAGGCGCCUGGCUUGCGCACCGCCGAAACCCGCGCCGCCGCCGCCGCUACUCCUCGCUGAGCCCGCGCCGAAGGGCGUGCUCGCGAAACGCGUGCGCUCGGUCCUCCGAAAAGCGGCCAAGCCGGCGCUCGUCGCCGUCGUCGUCGCGCCCGUCGGGCCGGUCUGGGCGUGGCGCAUGGGACGCCUCGCCCGCGCGGUGCCCGCCGUCGCGCAGCUGUCGCAAGCUCAAGCCGUCGCCGCGUACUGGUUCUGCGGCGCGGCCGGCUUCGGGGUAUGCGCUCUCGCGGGCAUGAUGAUCUAAGUGAUGUUACAAGAAAA